AAUUAAUUUUAAAAUUGCUUUUCUAAAAUUAAAAAAGUUAUAUACUAAUAAAAGAAUUACUUCUAAGCGAAAUAUUUGGAAAUGAUUGAUAGAAACUAAAAUAAAUCUUAGAAAAAGAGUAAGGAUAAAUAUAUGAUGGAUCAGAUUAAAAUUAAGGAAAUCAAAUCUUCACUUAAAAAUAUGAUUAGCUAAGGAAUGUACCCUUAAAUCUUUUCGGACAGUAAGGAUUAGAGAUGUAAUAGUUGCUUUAGUGAUUAGGAGUAUAAGAAUAACAAGUUGUUGCAAUGUGAUUUCUGUUAAUUUCUAACACACGACAAAUGUCUAUCUUCUUAAAGAAUUCAUUCUAUUAUUUAGAAUUUAUGGUUUUGUGAUAGGUGUCUAUAUAUUAUUGGGAAUGAUUUUAACAAGCCUAACUUAUUAGACUUUCCUAUAAUUAGUUGUUCUGAUUGCAAUAAAUUUCAUGGAAUCAUGAUUAACUCAAAAAAUGGAGUUUGGACACAUGAAUUCUGUUUAAAAUAAAAUAGAGAUGAUAUCAGCUAAUUUUCUUCUGGUCAUUCAAUAACUCAGAAUUUAAUUUAAGAGAGAGAUGAUUUUUUUUAAAAUGAUGAGAGCACCCAGAAUUUUUGCUAAUAUUGUAGAUAAAAAGAAGGAAAAAUGUCAUUAUGCAGUAUGCCAGGUUGUUCCAAGUAAUUUCAUCUUUUUUGUUUGAUAAAUGAAAAUCCUAAUCAAAUUGAGUAAGCUCCUCUUUCAAAACAGAAGUAUUACUGCAAUGAGCAUUAUAGACAAGAAUUGAUGAUUACUAACUUCGCUUUACAAUAAAAAUAAGACACUUAGCAUAGCUCUGAUAAGAAUAUUGAGAUCAAGUAGUUUACAGAUGAUCAGCAACUGCGAAACGAAGGAUAAAAUUAAAUUUUUGCAAAUUAGCUCAGUAAAAAUGGAAUUUAGAAAUACAAAUUAUAGCUUCGCUACCACUUUGAUAUGAUUAAUUACUUUUACUAAAAUCUCUCAUAGCUUUCAUAGUUUGAACAUUAAAAUUACAAGCAGCCAUAUUCAAAUUCAAAUAUUAAUGUGGAAGCAGACAAAAAUUCUGUAAAUCAAGAUAAAAAUUGUCAAUUAAAAAUUUGCAAUUGGGAAUUUUGCUUUAUUACAAGUUUGCCUGAAUUUUAUCAGAACGAAAAAUAAUUUUUAGAAUGCCUUGCAAAUUACUUUAUCAGGAUAAGGUCAUACAACCCUAUAUCUAAAAGUGUCGUAUUAUUUGAAAGCUACUAUUCUCAUAGUUAGCUGCUAUACUUCAUUCGUAAAAAUUUUAAUCACCCUAAUGAUCUACUAUAUCCAGAAAACAAUAUGGCCUAUUUUAUAGAUAUGAUUAAACUUAAUGUAAAUCGGUUUAUUAAGGAGCUUAUAAGCAAUAAAAUAAUUCAAAAAGUUAAAAGAGAAAAUUGA